AUGAAUAUACUAUCAUUUCCUCACUUGUAUAAUUUAUUUAUCUUACUUUUCGCCAGGUUUAUUUUAAAUUCGCUUUCUGCUUACAUAGAUGCGACCACUUAUAUUGCUCCUUACAGACAGUUCUGUUUGACUGAGCUGGUCGGCAAGGAUAUGUUUGUUCACAUUUCCUUCAACUUUAUUGAUCUUAGACAAGAGGAGGCCUUUGCUGCUUACAUCAUUGAGGAGGGCGCCGGCAAGUACAUUUACAACGAAGGUACCAUAAAGAACGAGGUUUCGGUCUCUUUCACCUCCAUCGAGGGUCCUUCCGUUAUUUUUUGCGUCCGCUCCCCUCACUCUGGCGGCCACUUGAACUUUUCAAUCAAGUUCGGCGCUGACGCCCGUGACUAUUCUAUUAUCGCAAAAAGCACACACCUCGAUCCUGUGGACGCCAGGAUUCAGAACGUUCUCGAUGAGCUUUCCUCGUUUCACAAGGCUCAGCUCAUCGGCGCCUCCUUCAUUGACAAGACCAGUGAGAGGGCCAUUCAAACAUACCACCUGCUGGCUAGGUUCGCCAUAGCCAACAGCGUUUUUAUGAUCUUCUCCACGAUGUGUUACAUUUUCUACUUCAGGCACUUUUUCAAGUCUAAAAAGUUAAUAUAG